AAAUAUAUAUGCUUUUGCAAAUUAAGAGAGAAAAAGGCGUACAGGGUUACCCCGUUGAGAGUGAGCUGGAGGAAGGGAGGCGUGAAGGGCGGGCGCCCUGGGCUUGCUGUCGCACACGCAGCUCUGGAGGAAGAAAGCGCAAAGAGCAGCUCAAGCCCAGAGCGGUUGAUGGCAGCUGUGCUGGCUGGGAGCUCCCUUUUCUCCAUCGUUUGUACAAGCUGUUCCCUCUGCCCAGAAGAUUUUCUCUUCUCUGUUUGAAGAAAUCAGAGCCUCAUGCUCAUCCCUGAAGGCUCAGGUCAGCCCCUUCCUGGCCACCAGAACACUUUAUGCUACUGGCUGGUGCAUAGAGAUUGGCAGUAGCAUCGGAUAUGAAAGCCGAGCUCUGAGCCAGGAAAUCGGGUGACAGGCAAGAGGCCCGUGUGACAGUCCUGUGCAGGAAGGUAACUUUAGACUGCAGAGCAGGGACAACCCCCUGAGGGAAGAGCAUCAGGACAGACUCCAGGAGAUGCCAGGAGAGGGGGUGAGAGCAUGGAGGGGCUUCAGCAAGGAAGAGAGAAGAGGGGGAGAGGCAGCUGGUGCCGGGCAGAGAGGCCCAUCGGAAGGAAGAGGGGACAGGCUGGAAGGUGACUUUGAAAUCAGUAGAAUAAGCAGUUUUGGUGCAGUGAGAUGGCCCACAGUCCACAGCCAGGGACAGACAUGCAAAGCGAUGGGGAAAGAAACUGGGACAAAAGUAAAGCCAAAGAGAAAAGGCAACUUCCCUUCCUGACACCCCCACCACAGGCUGGGGUUCAGAGUGACUCGGGACCCCAGGGGAGGCCGUCAGAGGGGAGGGCCAGUGGGUCAGGCUCUGGGAGGGAAGACAGCCAAGGCAGGAGGCGCCCUGUGGUGGGGGCGCCUGGAAGGAGUCUGGGGUGUGGCAGAUUCUCCAGCUGUGGGCCUGAGCACCGCCUGCUUCCCAGGCGUGAAGCCAGCGGCCCCGGGGAGGGGGCGAAGAAAGGUUUUAUUAUCCAACAGUUACUAGGUGGGGUGUUGGGGGAAAAUAUAAAGAUAACAUAAAUGGUAUCUGUGUUCUAGGACAGUGUCUUUUCUCUACCUUGGCAGGCAGAGAGAGGGGCACAUAGAGAUAGACAAUGACGAUAUGAGAGAGACGGGGACAGACAGACGGAUGAUAUGUGAGAGGUACGGAGAUGGAUAGGUGAGUGGAUAGACAAAUAGGCAGAUGCUUACCCAACACGUAACACACGUGCACAUGCGCACACACACACAGACACGCGCACAGAGACGUGUCCACACUCUCUCUCAAAUGCACGAAUCCCCGUGGAACUUCAGGACUCAGCACGGGACUCAGCCCCCAGCCCACACCCACUCCUUCCUGGCAGGGCGGAGGUGUCUGGAUGGGUUCAAAGCCUCCACAGCUGGUCUUGACUUGUACCUAGAAUUGAAAACCUCUCCUCCAAGGAGCUCGGGGCACAGGGAGGAAGACAGGCAGUGGGACAAGGUGUGACCGAUGUGACAGCUCUCUGGAAUGUCGCUCAGGCCUGCACAUCGGCCUGCCUGAAUCUCUGCUCUGGAUGAGCCAGAGACAAGACCGUUGUUCAGUGGAGUCAGUGCCGCACCUGAGAUAGCCUCUGAUGUUGCCCCUCUGCUGUGGCCGAGACAGCGAGUCCAAAACUAUUUCAUAUUCAUGGAAAAUUUCACAUUCAUUCUCCCCGCCCUGCCCAGUAGAACUCAGGGGAGCCUCUGAACCCAGAGGCAGAGGCGUGAUGAGGCGUGGGGGUCGCAGGUGAGGCUUGGGGCUGUGUUCGUGAGCAGCCCUCCCACCCACACCCGUCCCCAACCACGGGCACGCACGGCUGCAGGCAGGCGCUGACUCCUAGGUGAGAGAGCAGCUCGUUUUUCGGCUUAAUAUCACAUCUGGGGAAACCUUAGCAGGUGCAGGCGAUGCUGAGCCCACCUCAAUCCUCCUCAGUCUGGAUUGAGAAAAUCCCACCAUGUCCGCACACCUUAGGCAUAGCCUACAAGUCCAGAAGGGAUGAAAGGCUCAUGCAGUUUGGCAUGAAGACACGGACCCGUCGUACAUACUCCACACUCCCGCCUGCGUGAAGGUCUCAGUCGGCUCUGUACUGGCUUAUUCCCAACUCUGACCAGAUAUCUGAGAGUUAUCAGGAGUCUGAGGAAGGCCCAUAAUUUAGAAGAGAAGGACCUGAUAAUACAAAACAACACAACAGAGACAUGGCCACAGGGUGAAAAGAUACAUAAGUCAGGGAAGAGAAGAGAGCUUGAAACACAUCGGCAAUGGAGAACCCAAAGAGAGCUUUGGAAAUAAACAUAUAAUUUCUAAAAUCAAUAUUUGAAACAAGGGUUGGAAGAGAAAAUAAAAGCAUAAAAUAAUGCACUAUAAGAGCCUCCCCAAAUGUAGAACACACCCCAGGUAUAUGAAACAUAUAAAAGGAAAAAGAAGAGACAAAAAGAAUGUCUCAGGGAGAGAGGGGAGGAGCGUGACCGGGGGCGGGAGAGGCUGUGAAGGCCACUUGGGAGGACAGCAGAACCAGCAGGGUCAAGCAGGCAGCAGGAGACAGGUAGACAGGUGGGAAGGAAGCAGCCAGAGCCAAAUGAAGCCAAAGAGAAAGGGCCAGGUCCCUUCCUGCCACUCCCAGCACAGGCCUCAGCUUGAGAGUGUCUCGGGACCCCAGAGGAGGCUGGCACCAGGGGGGCCUGAGAGGGAGGCCGGUGUCAGCUGUGGGUGCUGCCUUCUUCCCAAAGUGCAAAUCAGCACGUCUCCAUCUGGGGCCUUCUCGCCCCUAUCCUGCGUCUCCUGCCUGGGAUUCCCCCAGCUCCCAUCCUUGCCCCUGGGGCAAACCCCAUCACGACUGGGACUUCUUCUUUUCCAGGUGCACAAGUGUCAAUGCAGCUAGUGCCACAGUGUGACUCAUUCUUUCCAAAGCAUGACACCCCUUUCUUCCUAAUAUGGAAAAUGGGGAAAUGGCUGCAGAUAUAGAAGGACGUGAUAAGGGAGACUCGAAGCACAUUGGAGCAGGCUUGGGGGAUUCUCUUCCCAGCUUGGCUUCACGUCCCUGAAGGGCGUUGAGCACCUGUGAGCACCCAGGCGAGGAGAGGAGCCAGGACCAUGUGGCUGUGCCCUGCUCUGCUCCUGGUCAUCCUCUCAGGCUACUCCAUUGCUGGUUAUCCACUGACUGGUCCAGGAGCAGCAAGAGGCCGGGAGCGGGGCUCACUGACCGUGCAGUGUCGUUAUGAGCCAGGCUGGGAAACCUACAGGAAGUGGUGGUGUCGAGGCGUUGAUUGGGGCAGCUGCAGCAUCCUUAUUGUGACCACUGGAUCGGAGCAGGAGGUGAAGGUGGGCCGUCUGUCCAUCAAGGAUAGACAUGAAGACCACGUGUUCACCGUGACCAUGGAGGACCUCAGGAGAGACGACGCUGACACUUACUGGUGUGGGAUCGAGAGAAGUGGAACUGACAUUGGGGUUCAAGUGAAGGUGACCAUUGACCCAGGCUACUUCAUUGUGAGGAGUCCAACCGCCCGCUUCAAGCAUUAG